UAACUCGUUCGAGAUCGCAGUUUCGAACGAAAUGCAAAUCCGACGGAAUGCAGAAUAGGGGUGACUAGUGUUCCAAUCAACAAGGUGCUAUGUAAUGAUUGUACAUCCGGACAUCCCUAGUUGCAUUGACACUUCAUCGAACUGUUUUCUUCCGAUCGGGUUUGUUUUGCUUUGCGUAAAUGUUGGCUUAUCCUGCCACCCAUCCUGUCCGAUGAGUUGCUCAGACGAACCCACUUGCAAGCGGCCAAAAAUGACUGAAGAUCAGCCAACGCGAUGUAAAUAUUUCGUGCAGCGGAAGAAGCGGUACUGUAAAAUGACAGUCGGCAAAGGAAAGCAGUAUUGUGGCGAACAUCUGAUUCAUGCAGGAACAACGGCGAGUGGCAAAAACUGUGAAGAUGAGCAAACCUCCCAGAUUUCGGAUAAUCGUAUUCCCUGUCCGUUGGAUCCGAAACACACCAUAUCGGCAGCUAAGCUUGAGAAACAUUUGAAGAUUUGCAACGCUAAACCCAUGGAACGCCCGGCGUUCAUAGAGCCAGGAAUUAAUGCGUUGUCUGAGGAGGAAGAUUGCGGUUCGGAUAAGUCUGCCAGCAUCCGGAAGCUGUGUGACAUACCGUCCGAAGAUUUACAGUCUCUGAUCGUAAAAAUAUCCACAAUAUACGAGCAUACUAGGAUAGGCACCAUCGAGGAUUUAAUGUUGGAACACUCAGCCUUCAAGGUUGAACUAUCGAACGAAUCUUACGGACCCCAAACGCUGAAGCACCUCGUUCAGUCCGCUUCUUUGUUGGGAAUUGUGGAACAUGAGAAUUUUCUCCAGAAUCAUACCGCUUUUGUCGAAUUUGGUGCAGGGAAAGGAGGUGUUGCAUUUUGGUUAGCGACAAUCAUUCAGAGCACGAAACUGACGAACACAAAAGUAUUUUUGGUGGACAGAGCUUCUCAUCGACACAAGAAGGAUAACAAAAUCGAAGACCGUGACAUUAUCCAGCGAGUGAGGGCAGAUAUCGGUGACUUGGUGCUCAAACGGUUGGAUAUCCUGCAAGGAAGCAAGAAGGUGAUCGGUAUUGGGAAGCAUCUUUGUGGAGGUGCGACGGACUUAGCGCUCCGAUGCCUAAUACGAGCCAAUCGCGAACAACAGAACAAUUGUCCGGAGUUCCGUGCGGAAGGGUUCGUUUUUGCUUUGUGCUGUCACCAUCGAUGCGAUUGGGGAACAUAUGUGGGAAAGAAAUUUCUACUCGAAAAAGGAAUUGCCAGAGAAGAUUUUGAUCUGAUCGUGAAAAUGGUCAGCUGGGCUGUUUGUGGCACUGGAAGUAGUCGAGAGCACAGAACGGAGGAACCAAAUGAUGGUGUGAAAUAUGGAUUAACGAGGGUUCAGCGGGAAGAUGUGGGCAAAAGAUGCAAGAGAGUGCUUGAUUGGGGGCGAAUCAAGUAUUUGGAGCAAAACGGGUUUAGUGCCAGCCUCAAAUUUUACGCUAAAAGCGAGAUUACAUUGGAAAAUGUAUGUUUGAUUGGACAUAGCAAAUAAACUGCAUUUUAUGGACAA